CAGGAGUCAGUCUGCUGUGGACACAAGAAGUAUCAAUCAUCCCCUCAUGUGGAGCUUGAGAUUUUGCCUUUAGUGAUGCCUGGGAUUUUCUUGUGGCUUUAAAAGGAAGGAGUGACACUUGCUCAUAGUGCACAGAGAGAGCUUUGUGGAUUGAACCAGCAGCUCUGGGACCAAACCGCCUGAAGAUCCAGUGACGAGCAAAAUGCCAGAAAACUCUCUACAGUCCUGCAGCUUCUGAAUCAUGGGGAAUGUCGAGAGUCAGCAUGGGGACCACGGCCUCUACGGUAACGAGCGUGGCUAUUUGUCACGGAAGCAAAUGUCUCGGUCUCUCCGCAUCUCCAACAAGCAGUCCAGCAGGCGCUCUCGACACGCCUCAUCCGGGAAGAUAGAGCACAGGAACUCUGAGACCAGCACGCGCUCCAGCAGCACUCCCAGCAUCCCACAGUCCCUGGCUGACCACGGCCUGGAACCCUUCAACGAGACAAAUGUCCUGCCCGACUUCGGAAGCCCCAUUUGGGUGGAUCGCGUGGCCAUGAACCUGCGACCCGUGUCCUUCCACAAUGACCUGGCCAAUCCCUCCGUGCACAUGAACACGAUGCACAUCACCCUGCCCGGGGCCACAGCGGAGGAGGUGCAGGACGAGGACGUGUACACGGGCGAGGUGACGUACCUCCAGAAGACCCGGGACGGGACCAAGGAGACCAUCAUCUUCAAGAAGAAGCGGUCGAAGUCUGCUGACAUGUGGCGAGAUGACAGCCUGGAGUUCUCCCUGUCCGACCUCAGCCAGGAGCAGCUGACCAGCACGGAGGAAAUCAUCGACCCGGCCAAUGAGAGAGACUUUACCGACUGUGAAGGCCACCUGCAGGCCAGCCCCACGGACUCCACCGACAGGGCCAACUCCCUGGACGAGCUGUACAGCCAGAAGAGCCCUGCCCGCAGGCUGCCCCACGGCCGCUAUGCCAAGUGGCACGACGCCAACCGGGUUAUCAGGGAAGGAGAGGACGAUAAGAGGCUCUCGCCGUCAGAGGAGGACGGCAACAGUUACGGCGCGUACACCCUUCCCUGCCGGCGCUCCCACUGCCUGUCCGAAGGCCUGAGCAGCCACCAGGCCGCCAUCUGUGCCAGCAUGCAGGGCAGGAGGGCGAAGACCAUACAGGAUGUCACAGCCGGGGAGGGCAGCGAGUACGAGGACAGCGGGAUCGACGGGGUGACCGUGGAGCCGGAGCACCAGUCCAGACGCUACAAGACCAUGUCGGCCUCCUUCUCCGUGUGCUCGGCCCACGGCAGGGGCAUGUUCGCCGGCAGCGACAGCGGCAGCAGCAGCGGCGGCGGGGCCAGCGAGUGCGUGCAGGGCGUGUACGAGAACUUUCGCCAGGAGCUGGAGAUGAGCUCCUGCCAGACGGAGAGCCUGGAGGAGGCCGGCUCCGCCCUGAGCGACGAGCAGAGCACCAUGAGCUCCGCCUACCAGUCCGACCAGCUGCUGAGCGUGGCCCAGGGGAUGGUGAGGAAGGCCGGCAGGCUCGCCGUCAAGAACUUCCUCGUGCAUAAGAAGAACAAGAAGGUGGAGUCGGCCACACGGCGCAAGUGGAAGAGUUACUGGGUUUCCCUGAAAGGUUGCACGCUGUUCUUCUACGAGACUGACGGCGGGUCAGGCAUCGACAACAACAGUAUCCCCAAGCACGCCAUCUGGGUGGAGAACAGCAUCGUCCAGGCCGUGCCGGAGCAUCCCAAAAAGGACUUUGUGUUCUGUCUCAGCAACUCCCUGGGGGAUGCUUUUCUGUUCCAGACCUGCAGCCAGACGGAGCUGGAGAACUGGAUCACGGCCAUCCACUCGGCCUGUGCCACCGCGGUCGCCCGGCAGCACCACCGGGACGACACGGUGCGGCUGCUUCGCGCCGAGAUGAAGAAGCUGGAGCAGAAGAUCGACAUGGACGAGAAGAUGAAGAAGAUGGGGGACAUGCAGCUGUCGGCCGUCACCGACACCAAGAAGAGGAAGACGAUCCUGGAGCAGAUCUUCCUCUGGGAGCAGAACCUGGAGCAGUUUCACAUGGAUCUGUUCCGCUUCAGGUGCUACCUGGCCAGCCUGCAGGGAGGAGAGCUGCCCAACCCCAAGCGCCUCCUGGCCUUCGCCUCUCGCCCCACCAAGCUGGCAAUGGGCCGACUGGGAAUAUUCUCUGUCUCCUCCUUCCACGCACUGGUGGCAGCGCGCACAGAGACCGGAGUGAGGCGGCGGGCGCAGGCCAUGUCUCGAUCCUGCAGCAAACGCAAGAGCAGGUUCUCCUCGCUCUGGGGUCUGGACACGACCUCCAAGAAGAAGACGAAAGCCCAUCCCACCAUCAACCAGGUCUUUGCUGAUGGCGAGGAGCCCGUGAAACAGCCUGGAGAUGGAAUAUAUGCGGAUCCUGCGAAGGAACACAGAAGAAGUGAGGCGGGAACUGUGAAGAGCCUCCCACGGCCCAGCACGGAGAGCGACAUCUGGGUCCCCGACCACCUCACCCCCUCCUGGGUGUGUCUGCCAAACGACCAGCCUGUGCUCACCAUCAUCCAACCGGGGGAAUCGGCACUGUGUGUCCUGGAAACCAUCUGCAAGGCUCACCAGCUCGAUUCCACCAAGCACUACCUGAGACUCAAGUUCCUCAUCGAAAACAAAGUGCAAUUCUACAUCCCCAAGCCGGAGGAGGACGUGUGUGACCUGCUUUACAAGGAAAUUGAGCUGUGCUCCAAGAUAACAAAAGUGAUCCAGUUUGACAGAGACGAGUCCUGCAUGAUCGGCUAUGGUUUCUCCAUUUCAGUGGUGGAGGAGGAUGGCGUGCAGCAGCUCUACAUCACCGACGUGAAGGCGGGCGGAUUAGCCUUUGCCAAAGGUCUGAACGCAGGGGAUGAAAUACUUCAGCUGAACGGGAAGGCCUCCCACAGCCUGAACUUCUCCGACAUGAAGGCGGCGUUCUCUCAGGCGUCUCUGGCCCUGACGGUCAACACGCUGCCCUCCGUGGAGCGCCGGCAGCUGUGCUACGUGCCGCCGCGGCGCUCCGACGAGGAGGAGGACCUCUACACCGACAUCUUCUCCCAGAGUCAAGAGGACAUCCUGGACGUGGGGGUGGGUCUGCUGCUGGAGAGCUCAGGGGACAGCCUGGACGACGACUCUGAGAUCUUCAGGGACUUCGAGUGCAGCAAGAGCACGGAGCAGGUCGCCGCUUUCUGCCGCAGCCUCCAUGACAUGAAUCCCUCGGAGUGCGUGUCCUCCUCGCCCAGCCCGGAGUCGCCCUUCCCGCCGCCCGCAACCCUCCGGCAGCUCUCCGACGCCGACAAGCUCCGCAAAGUCAUCUGCGAGCUGGUGGAGACCGAGCGGGCCUACGUCAAAGAUCUCAACUGCCUCAUCGGGAGAUAUUUAACCCCCCUGCAGAAGGAGACCUUCCUCACUCAGGAUGAGUUGGAUGUGCUGUUUGGGAAUUUGCUGGAAAUGGUGGAGUUUCAAGUCGAGUUUCUGAAGACCCUGGAAGAUGGGACCAGAUUGGUUCCAGAUCUGGAGAAGCUGGAGCGAGUGGACCAGUUUAAGAAAAUCCUCUUCUCCCUGGGAGGCUCCUUCCUGUACUAUGCAGACCGUUUCAAGAUCUACAGUGCUUUCUGCGCCAGCCACACCAAAGUCCCGAAGGUCCUCGUAAAGGCCAAAACCGACCAGGAUUUCAAGGCCUUCCUGGAGGAGCGCAACCCCAAGCAGCAGCACUCCUCCACCCUGGAGUCCUAUCUGAUCAAACCCAUCCAGAGGGUCCUGAAGUACCCGCUGCUGCUGAAGGAGCUCUACUCGCUCACGGACCCGGACAGCGAGGAGCACUACCACCUGGACGUUGCCAUGAAAGCCAUGAACAAAGUGGCCAGCCACAUCAACGAGAUGCAGAAGAUCCACGAGGAGUUCGGAGCGGUGUUCGAUCACCUCAUCACCGAACAGAGCGGCGAAAAGAAAGAGGUUGCUGAUCUGUCGAUGGGGGACCUGUUACUCCACACCAGCGUCGCCUGGCUCAACCCGCCUGCCUCCUCAGGGAAGUGGAAGAAAGAGCCGCAGAUAGCAACGUUUGUGUUCAAAACGGCGGUCGUCUUCGUUUGCAAGGACGGGUCCAAGCAGAAGAAGAAAAUGGGUGGCUCCCAUCGAGCCUCCAUAUCUUCAGAUGAUAAAGACCCUUUCCGAUUCCGUCACAUGAUCCCCACCGACGCCCUUCAAGUCCGAUCCUUGGCCAACACAGACGGCGAAGGCUCUGCCGUGUGUGAGAUCGUCCACACGAGGUCGGAGUCGGAGGGGCGGCCGGAGAGGACGUUUCAGCUCUGCUGCAGCUCUCCAGAGAGUAGAAAGGAUUUCCUGAAAACCGUCCAUUCCAUCCUGAGGGAGAAGCACCGCCGGCAGCUCCUGAAGACGGAGAGUUUGCCCCUCAACCAGCAGUACGUGCCCUUCGGGGGGAAGCGUCUCUGUGCCCUGAAGGGAGCACGGCCCGUCAUCAACAGAGCAGCAUCUGCCCCGACCCGGACUCUGGGCCGGAGGAAGCUCGUGCGCAACCGCUUCACCAUCGACACGGACAUCGUGUUUGACGGUGAACCCGAGCCGGACCUCCCCUCUCCAGAGGAGCCCGUCUCCACCCGUCUGCAGGAGGAGGACAAACCUGAUCAGCAGCAGCAGGUAGCAGGCGACACGGACCGCUGGGUGGAGGAGCAGUUCGACCUCGAGGAGUACGAGGACCAGGAGGAGGUGAAGGAGACGGACAUCUUGAGCGACGACGACGAGCUCGGUCAGACGCCCGGGGCGCCGUCCGCCGAGGCCGACCUGGAGGCCCCCGUCAUGGCUCUGUCCUUGGAGGGUGGGGAGGGUGGGGAGGCGGAGGAGAGCAAAGGCCUCAAGUCCCCAGCAGUAAGCGAACCACAUGACCCUGAGCUGGUUGACGCGGAGAAGCCGAGCGCUGCGUGCGACGAGGAGGAGGAGGAUCAGAGGAAGAGGGGUGAGGUCUGGGUGAGAAGGGAUCCGUCCUCUUCAUCCCCCGACUGCGACCUGUGAGAGCUGGACGAGGACGGCCACACAAAAGUGUUUUCUCAGCUUUCCACCAGGCUCCAUUCAGAUCAGUCAUCAGUCUUCACCCACAGUGCAUGACGUGCAUUGACGUAUAUCACAAAGCUAGUAGAGGAAACUUGCUUUCUGUACAGGUUAAGAUCACCAGUGGAGCAAUACAGGAACCCGGAGCGGGGGGGGGGAACGCGGCCCCCCUAAACAAAUGCUGUUACAUACGAGUGGAAGCUUUGAGAGACGAGCUAACGGUACAAUCACGGAGUCUAAUCAGUGGCUUGGAUCGGCAUGGUUUGCACAUUCGGGCGGCAUCCUAUAGUCCUGCCUGCUGUUGCCAAAUUUGGGUAUCGUGAGAACAUUAAUAAUCGUUUUCUGUCCAUGUGACUCAGAGAUAUUAUCUUAGUUAAGGGCUGUGUAUUAUUUGUCCUUAAGGAAAAUUAGAUUUAAUCAUUUUAAAAAGCCUCGUCUUGCACCGUUUACUGUACUUGUACAUUUUUACAUGAAUUAUACACUGACUCGGUUUUUUUUGGGGGGGGGGGGGGGGACAUACUUCCUGGUUGUGUAUUAUAUGAUUUCUAUGAUCUCUCUUUGUUUUACAGACUUAUCGUUUUUAGCCUGGAAUAUAUUUUGUGUGAUCUCUCUGAUAUAUUAAAAUAGUGGCGUCAUGUAAUAGCCCCUGUGUCACAGAGACGAGGGGAUUUUAAUUUGUUUUUAACUUAACAUAAUCCUGUUUUACUUGAAUCUGCAUUUGCUGUUUUGUUUUUUAUUUACUGUGAAACCGUUUUUGACAUGUUUUCCCUCUUUGGCUCUUCAGUAUUCAAAGAACACUCGACGUCACACACGUUAACAUUUCACGUGCACACUCUGUAUUGUAGAGAAUUUGCACAUCUGCCACUUGUGUGUUCACAAAAGAUCAAAUAUUGUUCGCUGGUAAUGAAUUACAAAGCAAUGGAUUUUAUUUAUUCACAUGUAAAUUAAUUUUGUGUGCGCAGAACGCAAGUAGUGGUUUUAUUUUUUUUUCCUUCUUCACAAAGAAAGUCCAAAUGUGCUCAAGCAAUCAAAGGGGAAGACGUGCAGAAUGCCUAAAGAGAAUGAUCUCAUACUUGUAAACAACUCAUUGUGCUACUAAGACUGCAUUUUUAU